CCCACCUCCUAAACCCUCCCACCGGGAAAGUGCCGCCAAUCUAUAAAGUCCCUUUCCUCCGACAGUCCGAUCAAAUCCACUGAACCCACAAGCCACCGGCAGAAUGAGCUCAUCGGGCGCCGGCAAGGGCGGCAGAGGCAAGCCCAAGUCGACCAAAUCUGUCUCUCGAUCUCAGAAAGCCGGCCUCCAGUUCCCUGUCGGCCGUAUCGCCCGGUUCCUCAAGGCCGGGAAGUACGCCGAGCGCGUCGGUGCCGGCGCUCCUGUCUACCUCUCUGCGGUCCUGGAGUACCUCGCCGCUGAGGUUCUUGAGCUUGCUGGGAACGCAGCAAGGGACAACAAGAAGAACCGGAUUGUGCCGAGGCACAUACAGCUGGCAGUGCGGAACGAUGAGGAGCUGAGCAAGCUCCUGGGCACUGUGACCAUAGCCAGUGGGGGUGUUUUGCCCAACAUCCACCAGAACCUGCUGCCCCAUAAGUCUGGGAAGGGCAAGGGGGACAUCGGGUCCGCGUCUCAGGAGUUCUAAUACUCUCGAUGACGGACAUUUUUUCUUGUGUACCGAACUCGACAUAUAUGUAACUGGCUAGCUUGUUUUGGAUCAAAUGGCCGCCCUCGUGUUGUUGAAGUCUGGGAAAUUUUUUGAUUGGAUAAUGAGGAAUGUCAAUGAAACAGCUUUUUUAAAACUGUCUCCCUCCUUCCAUUCAGAGUACUAUGUCAUGUUCUAUAUUGUGUUCUUGGCCUUUGUGUCGUUAAGAAAUUGUUGGGAUUAUGGAAGUGAAACAGGGUGAGGACGUGGAUUGAUUUGA